UUGCCAGCCCCCACUGCGCCGCCAUGUUGUUGGAGUGAAAGCUCGGAGCCGGAGAGUUUUGGGGCCGAAAUCCGUUUCCAUCCACCCGCUCUGCUUGUGCUGGUGGAAUGAGCGUUGCGUGUGUGCUAAAGAGAAAAACAGUACUCUGGCAGGACUCCUUCAGCCCCCACCUUAAACACCAUCCCCUUGAUACAAGCCAGCCCAACAUGCCUGUGGUAUUGACAACUGGAUCAGGUGCACCCCCUGCAGGGCAGGCCCCCCAGCCCUCUGCAGCAAGUCAGCCUCUUCCGGCUGGUGUGCAUUCUGCUCAAGUUCCUGGUUCUGCUGGGGGUGCUGGGCGCUCCCAGGAUGAUGCUAUGGUAGAUUACUUCUUUCAGCGGCAGCACGGAGAGCAACCUGGUGGUGGUGGCUACAACAAUGGUAAACAUCGCUGGCCAACUGGUGACAAUAUCCACUCGGAGAACCAGGUGCGAUCAAUGGAUGAACUAAACCAUGAUUUUCAAGCUUUGGCAUUAGAGGGAAGAGCAAUGGGAGAGCAGCUGUUACCAGGCAAAAAAUUCUGGGAAACAGAUGAUUCAAGUAAAGAUGGACCAAAAGGGAUAUUUCUUGACCAGUGGAGGGAUAGUGCAUGGGGGGCUUCAGAUCAUUCUGUCUCCCAGCCAAUUAUGGUACAAAGGCGGCCUGGCCAAGGCUUCCAUGCCAGCAGUGAGGUUGGGUCGGUGCUUUCCCCAAGGUCUGAGAGUGGUGGGCUGGGGGUUAGCAUGGUGGAGUAUGUGCUGAGUUCAUCUCCAGGGGAGAAGCUGGAUUCUUGCCUAAGGAAAGGAGCUUUUGGCCCUCGUGAUCCAGAAGCAGAUGACAAUGAAAAAAGAGAGAAAAAGACCAAGACAUCAUUUGAUACUGAUAAGCUGAGUGAUUUAAAGGAAGUAGAAGGUGAUGUGAUCGAUAAACCCAAUGGUCUACCAGUUCAAAAUGGAAUUGAUGUGGAUGUUAAAGAUUUUAGCCGAACACCAGGAAAUUGCCCUGCUCCUGGAAGUGAAGUGGACCACUUGGGCCAUAGUCAGAAUGGGUCGGAAGGUCUGGCUCAGUUGUCAAAUACAAAUGGAACAAAGCCAGUAGAAGAUUUCCCCAAUGUGGAGUCCCAAAAUGUUCCACUAGACCAUAUGGAGUCAGUGGGGAUAGAGCCAUUGCAGUUUGAUUAUUCUGGAAACCAAGUAACAAUGGAUUCCACUGCUGCCACUGUUGGACUUUUUGACUACAACUCCCAACAACAGCAGUUGUUCCAGCGACCUAGUGCCCUGGCAGUUCAGCAACUAACAGCAGCCCAGCAGCAGCAGUACGCAUUGGCAGCUGCUCAGCAACCUCACAUAGGUGUGUUUUCAGCAGGUCUUGCUCCCGCUGCCUUUGUCCCAAACCCGUACAUCAUAAGUGCUCCACCUGGCACAGACCCAUAUGCUGCUGGUUUGGCCGCAGCCGCCACAUUAGGUCCUGCAGUGGUUCCCCAUCAGUAUUACGGAGUAACACCAUGGGGAGUGUAUCCUGCCAAUCUUUUCCAGCAACAGGCAGCAGCUGCUGCAGCAGCAAAUAAUUCAGCCAAUCAACAAGCAGCCUCCCAGAGCCAGCAGGGACAGCAGCAGGUGCUCCGUGCAGGAGGUAGUCAACGCCCUUUGACUCCAAACCAGAGUCAGCAAGGACAGCAGACAGAUCAGCUUGUCGCGGCAGCAGCAGUAAACUCUGCCCUAGCCUUUGGACAAGGUCUUGCCACUGGUGUUCCAGGAUAUCCAGUUUUAGCCCCAGCUGCCUACUAUGACCAAACAGGAGCAUUAGUGGUAAAUGCUGGGGCUCGCAGUGGCUUGAGUGGCCCAGUCCGCCUUGUGGCUCCAGCACCUGUCAUCAUUAGUCCUACUGCUGCACAAGCAGCAGUAGCUGCUGCUGCUGCUUCAGCUAACAGUGCUAAUGGUGGUUUAGCUGGAGGAGCCAAUGGUCCUUUCCGAGCUUUAGGGAGCCAACAACCACAGCCUCAACAGCAGCCUGGUAACAACAUGGCCUCCAGCUCUUUCUACGGCAACAGUUCACUUAGCACAAGCUCCCAGAGUAGCUCCUUAUUUUCCCAGGGUUCAGGCCAGCCUGGAAAUACUUCUUUGGGGUUUGGAGGAAGCAGUUCACUUGGGCCCACUCUUGGAUCAACUCUUGGAGGCUUUGGCACUGCAGUUGCAAAUUCAAACACUGGUAGUGGCUCUCGACGUGACUCUCUUACUGGCAGCUCAGAGCUUUAUAAAAGGACCUCCAGCAGCUUAACUCCCAUCGGACAUGGCUUUUAUAAUGGUCUAGGCUUCUCAUCCUCUCCUGGCCCAGUGGGCAUGCCACUUCCCAAUCAGGGGCCUAGCCACUCCCUUACACCACCUCCAUCUCUUUCAACACAUGGGUCAUCCUCCAGUCUUAAUCUGGGGGGUCUCACAAAUGGAAGUGGCCGUUACAUUUCUGCAGCUCCCGGAGCAGAGGCCAAAUACCGCAGUGCCAAUAGUGGUUCAAGCUUAUUCAGUCCAAGCAGUCAACUUUUCCCUUCUUCUCGAUUACGCUACGGCAUGUCAGAUGUUAUGCCUUCUGGACGCAGUCGUCUCCUCGAAGACUUCAGAAAUAACCGUUACCCAAAUCUACAGCUUCGAGAGAUUGCUGGACACAUAAUGGAAUUCUCCCAGGACCAGCAUGGAUCUAGGUUCAUCCAGCUAAAGCUUGAGCGGGCCACUCCAGCUGAACGUCAGCUGGUAUUCAAUGAAAUUCUGCAGGCUGCAUACCAACUCAUGGUAGAUGUUUUUGGCAAUUAUGUUAUCCAAAAGUUCUUUGAGUUUGGCAGUCUGGACCAGAAACUAGCCCUGGCUGAGCGAAUCCGUGGCCAUGUCCUGUCUCUUGCUUUGCAGAUGUAUGGGUGCAGAGUUAUUCAGAAAGCCCUUGAGUUCAUUCCGUCGGAUCAACAGGUAAUUAGUGAAAUGGUACGGGAAUUGGAUGGCCAUGUUUUGAAGUGUGUCAAAGACCAAAAUGGAAACCAUGUUGUUCAAAAAUGCAUUGAGUGUGUUCAGCCUCACUCACUGCAGUUCAUUAUUGAUGCCUUUAAAGGACAGGUAUUUGCGCUUUCUACCCACCCAUAUGGAUGUCGUGUAAUUCAGCGAAUUUUAGAGCACUGUUUACCAGAACAGACUCUUCCUAUCCUUGAGGAACUCCAUCAGCACACAGAGCAAUUGGUGCAGGACCAGUAUGGAAACUAUGUCAUUCAGCAUGUUCUGGAGCAUGGUCGUGCAGAAGAUAAGAGCAAGAUAGUAGCAGAAAUCAGGGGAAAUGUAUUAGUUUUAAGCCAGCACAAAUUUGCCAGUAAUGUUGUUGAGAAAUGUGUCACCCAUGCCUCCCGAGCUGAACGUGCAAUGCUGAUUGAUGAAGUGUGCACUAUGAACGAUGGUCCUCACAGUGCCUUAUACACUAUGAUGAAAGAUCAAUACGCCAACUACGUCGUACAAAAAAUGAUAGAUGUUGCAGAGCCAACUCAACGCAAAAUUGUCAUGCACAAGAUCAGACCACAUAUAGCAACUUUGCGGAAAUAUACUUAUGGUAAGCACAUUCUAGCCAAGUUGGAAAAGUACUACAUGAAAAAUGGAGUUGACCUCGGACCGAUCUGUGGACCCCCCAAUGGAAUAAUGUAAAGACCUGCAUCAGCAACGACAUAUUUUGUUUUUGGUCACCUCUGACUAGAAACAGCCAACAUCUGGGCCGUCUGGUCCAUCAGCAACCUUCUCGAUUCCACUGUUAAUGCUAAAGAGUGUGAGUUUUCUUUCCCCCCUUUAUUUUUAGGUUGCUAUUUAUUUUACUAGAUGCCAUUGUAAAUGUAUUUUAAUUUGUUUUGCAUACUGAUAACUUGUAGUUUUUUUUUUAAUUUAAAUGACGCCAACUGCCCUGUUUUUUUUUUUUUUUUUUUUCUUUUUUUUAAAUCUGUAACACUGGUGUAUAGAAUUAUUGUACAUAGGUUUCAUGAAAAAAAAAUGUACAUGUGUUGAGCAGUGCAUUUUCCUUCACUGUUGUAUUUAUAAUCAUUGUGAAGACUGCAGGGCAGCUUGGUAGAAAUGACUUGCUUUGCUCAGUAAUGUUGGUGGAAAUUUUGUGGGGAGGGGGGCUACAAAUCCUGACCUUUUCAAGAAAUGUAAUGUAUAAUAAUUAGCAUUCAUAAUAGGGGAAGAACAAUCACUCUUAGAUUCAUCCUUUGCUGUGUGCUACUGCAAUAGUCCAAGAAGUACAUUUUUAAGUUGCUUUUUAUGAUAAUGACAUUUAAAAGCUUGCUAAUUUAAUUUAUCUGUUGGUUUCUCUCCCAUAAUCAUUGAGGAAGGGGUUGGCUUGGCGCAUUUCUCAUGUCUCUUCCUCGCUCUUGUGUUUGGGGUCGUGGGAUGGGGAGAUGAGCAUUCAACCUAAUCCUGAGAACACAUUUUGAUUAUUUAGCAUGGGAGACAAGUUAAACGAAAAAAAAAUAAGUUUUGGUCUUGCUUCUAUAAAUAUAUAGUGUAUACUUGGUGUAGACUUUUGCAUAUAUAUAUAAAAAUAAAAUUUGUAGUUUUUUCUGGUUUUGAUGUUAAAUCUGUAUCUAUAAUGUACCCUAGUAGUGAACACAUACUUUUGAUUGUAUAAUUGUACAUUUGUAAACCUUCUGUAAUGUAAAUGUGGAAAACUUGGAAUCAACUAUACAACCCUUUUUGGUAUAAAGAAAAAAAAAUUCAAAAAAAAUUAGAAAACUGUGCAUUUCAGUGUAUAUUCACACUUUUUUUGGUCGUGGCAUAUAGUUGUUGUAUAUUGUAAAUUGUAAUAUCUAUCAAAUAUUUUUUUGUUUGGUUUUGAAGAAGCCCUUUAUAUACAGCGUAGUACUUGUAAAAAGAACUAAAGUUAAUCAAAAAGUGUCAUGAUUUUAACCGCUCACUUUGUUGGUAAAACAUGUUCUAAAUGUGUUUAAACCCUGCAUACUUCAGACUUAUUUUUUACCCCAAUACAUCUUUUAAAAGUUACAAAGGUUUUUCUUUCAAGGUUAUUUAAGGAAAAACUGACCGAACUGAAGCAUUUUCCAGAUUAUCACCCAAUGAUUUCAUCUUACACUGUGGGUUACACUUCCCUUUUGUACAGAAAAUAAACUGUAUUUUGCAUUUUUGUCUACUUGUAAGUGAUUGUAACAUACUGUCAAUUUUUUUUUCCUUGUUGAAAUACAGAAUUGUAACACUACGCGGUGUACAUUUAUGAAAGCCUUGUGUAUAUUUCCAAGAACUUUUUUGCAAGCACACUUGUAACCAUAUGUGUAUAGUUAACAAAAUCCUGUGUAUGCUUAUGCCUGGGCAACUAUUUUUUGUAACUCUCUUGUUGUAGAUUGUCUCUAAACAAUGUGUGAUCUUUAUUUUGAAACAAAAAAACCCUAAAAUUUCACAUUUUUGUAA